GCCGCUACUGGUAGCAGUCAAUUUCGAAUCACAUCAUAUAUAUUUUCGCCUAAACAACGGCUACUAUAUGCAAUAUCCUCAUUCCCCAUCUUUAUCAAGUCGAUGCGAAACAACCUGAAAGCAAGGCAGUAUUCUGGACUACAUAACACGGAUGGGAGAGUACUUGUAAUAAAGCGCUAUAAGCUGGCGCUCCUGCGACUGGAACAAACGGCACAUCACAGUCAUGAGGCUGUAGCUAGACUUCUUGCUACAGCUGGUUGCACGCGGGCGAACAGAGGCAUGAGUGAGUUGUCAGGAUAUUUCCCGCCCAAGACGCUAUCGAUCCGCAAUGUAGGUGCUUCUGAGCCAUCACGCCACUCACAGUAG